AUGCAGGGUGUCGCCCACACAAGUUCUAGCUCGCUGCCCUCAGGAAGCCAGCCUCAGGUCCUGGUCCCCAGUAAGUGUGUGAGUGUGAGCACGAGUGUGUGUGGGCCCGGGGCUGGGAUCGCUCACGGGCGAGAGCUCAGGGGUAGAGAGCUUCUAGCGGGUGGGGCCGCCCUGCCCUGGAACCCGAGGACCUGUGGCCGGGACCCACCAGCAACUCCAACACCCCGAGCGGCCAGAGCACGUCGGGCACCAAGCAGAGGAGCCGGGGAGGAGCGACGGGGACCCGAGGCCGGAGUCCUGGUUUCUGGUGCACUGGCCGCUGCCAGUCUCCCUCCUCCUAGCCCUCUAUCUCCUCCUGGUGGUGACAGGUCCUCGCCUCGUGUCCCGUCGGGAGCCUCUGAGGCUGGCAGGACCCCUCGCGGCCGACAACCUGGGCCUGGUGCUUCUCUCAGGGGUACAACUUCUAUGAGUUCGUGGCCACCUCGCUCCUGGCUAAUUACAGCUAUUUCUGCCAGCCAGUGGACGACAGCCAGAGUCUUUUUAUACUACGAAAGAAGCCCGAACAGAUCACCUUCCUGCACGUCUACCACCACGGCACCGUGGUCCUCAACUGCCUUCUUGGCCGGGAUGCUGAAUUCUUUGGUCCAUGUCUUCAUGUACCUGUACUAUGGACUGACCAGUCUGGGGCCCCGCCUGCGACCCUACCUGUGGUGGAAGCGACAUCUUACCAUCCUGCAGCUGCCAUCUACUUCACAGAGAGAGAAACAGAGGACCAGCAAAAGGAAGUGUACCACUGAGAUCGCGUGGGAUGUUGGAAGCAAACAUCUGCUGCGCUGUUUAUGACCGGAACUGGAUGGGCGCCUGGAAUGCAGUUUUCCUGGGAGCUGCCUCUAUGCCUGCAGGAUGCUGUUCUCCUUUAUAACCUUUCCCUGUAGCUCUUUUCCUUCACUCGGGAAGUUCUUAUUUUGCCAUAAGAACUCGACAGUCAAGAACAUUAAAGACCUGCUGAAGUUUC